GAAGCUGGCAGUAGUUCACCGGAAAUCUACUUCAAAAUCAACAGAAGAAGAAGAAGCUACAAAAACAGUCUCGUUCCGCCAUUUUCCGCCGUUCGGGUGCUCUAUAGCCAGUUUUUCUGAUCAUUUUGUGUUUGAAUCAAACGCCAAACUGAUCAUCUUUUAAAACUGAAGCUGCCUGAGCGCGAGGCGGGAGUGACGUCACAGUCGCUGCAAUGGCGGCCGACCGGCGCGAAGACAAAGAUGGAGAGUUAAAUGUUCUUGAAGAUAUUCUGACUGAAGCUCCAGAUCAGGACGAUGAGCUCUACAACCCUGAGACGGAAAGAUCCGUCAGCGACAAGAAAGGAACAAAAAGGAAGAGUGAAGGCUCAUGCAGCCAGGACCAGAAGAGGCUCCGCCCCUCUGUGGGCCACACCCCUUCCAGAUCUUCCUCCACCAAUAAGAGAGCCCCGGCACCACUUCUCUCCUCCUCUAAAAAGGUGUCGUCCAGCCCCCGCGCCCGCCACGCCGCCGCCAGCUACCGCCACGAUUACUAUGAGGAGCGAAAGGGUCGGCGAGGAGGACGAGAGGCGACCAGGAGCCGCGGAGGAGAGGAGGUCCGACGGAGGGACUCCCAGAGAGGCAUGGAGGGUCUGAGCCAGAAGUUGCGGCGGACUAGCCCCGCCCCCAACGAGGGAGAGCACCAAUCAGAGGGAGAGAGACCGACAGAGUACGCCUCCGAGCCGGGCUCAGGUAGCUCCUCCCCCACCACCUCCCACGCAGAGGAAGAGGAGGAUGAGGAAGAGGACGAGGAGGAAGAGGAGGAGGGCAUGGAGGAAGAGGAGGACGACGAGGAGGAAGAGGGAGAGAAGGAAGAGGACGAGGAAGAGGAGUAUGAGCGGCGCGGCGAGGGGAACGACUACGACACUCGCAGCGAGGCCGGCGACUCCCGCUCCGCCUCCUCCAUCAGCUUCACUGACGAUGGCGAGUCGCUGCACUCAGGCUCCGCCUCUGAGGCCUCAGGUUCAGAGAAGAAGCACGAGAAGCUGUCGUCUUCAGUCCGAGCUGUUCGCAAAGGAAUGGAGAAUCCCGCCACUAAGUUACGUUACAUCCUGCGAGAUGCCCGGUUCUUCCUCAUAAAGAGCAACAACCACGAGAACGUGUCUCUGGCUAAAGCUAAGGGCGUCUGGUCCACGCUGCCGGUGAACGAGAAGAAGCUGAACGCGGCGUUCCGCUCGGCCCGGAGCGUCGUCCUCGUCUUCUCCGUGAGGGAGAGCGGGAAAUUCCAAGGUUUCGCCCGCUUGGCGUCGGAGUCUCAUCACGGGGGAUCGCCCAUCCACUGGGUUCUUCCCGCUGGCAUGAACGCCAAGAUGCUGGGCGGAGUCUUCAAGAUAGACUGGCUGUGCAGGAGAGAACUUCCCUUCACCAAAACCGCUCACCUGACCAACCCCUGGAACGAACACAAGCCCGUUAAAAUCGGACGUGACGGACAGGAAAUCCAACCUGAAGUUGGCGCUCAGCUCUGCGCCCUGUUCCCAUUGGACGAGAGCGUGGACGUCCACCAAGUGGCUCGAUGCGUCCGCCACAAGCGCCGGACGCCGUCGGAGCCGCGCCCCCGGGGCCGACCGCCGCAACGCGAGCCGGGAAGGCGUCGCCCUGAAGAGUACGACCUUCACGGCAGGAAACGACCUCGAGCCGACGGCCCGCCGGACUUCAGCCAGCGAGCAGGGUUCAUCCAGGACCUUCGCAACCAGCCGGUGGACAGACGUUUCUCCAGCGUCAGACGAGACGUUUUCCUCAACGGGUCCUACAAUGACUACAUGAGGGACUACCAUCACAGCGUCGGCCCCCCGGCUCCCUGGCAGACUCUGGCAACUUACCCCGGCGUGGAGCCGCCACCCCCCCACCAUCCGCCCUACUACCACCACAACCACCCCCCACCCCCGCCUCACCAAGCCUACCACCACCACCACCACCCCCCUUUGCCGCCGCACGAAGCUCCGCCCCCUCGUUUUAGAGACAAGCAGCGGGCGCCGCAGCACCGCGCCUUCACCUCCAGCCCUCACGACUACGACAUGCGCGUGGACGACUUCCUGCGGAGGACGCAGGCGGUGGUGAGCGGUCGGCGGGAGCGCGAGCGCCAGCGGGAACGCGAGCGCGGAGGCCCCCGCCGCGAGAGAGAGCGCGAGCGGGGGAGGGACCGAGAACGAGAGCGGGAGAGGGACAAGGAGAGGGGACGGUAUCGCAGGUGAUCUCAUGAUGUUAUGUCCUGUUGGCCUGCAGGGGCUUUUAUUUUGAAAGUCAUGUAUUUUUUUUGCUGGUUUCCUGUUUUAUGUUGUUGACGGUUACGAAUAAAAACGAGCUAAGUGAUGACAUCAUCUGCAUCAUGACUUUUUAUCAGAAUAAAAUACUGAAGAAAAAAAACAGUCCAAAUAUUUAUUUUGAUGAUCUCAUGUAACAACGGAGGUGACAUCACAGCGUGCAAGUUCUUUCUAUUUCGUUUUUAUUCGAGAGGUUCUCAACAUGAGGGUCGAGGCCUUUUGAGGUGUCCGAUGAGUCGCAGGAUGACAAACAGGAAACAUGAACAUUUAUUCCAAUUUCUUUCUAUAAUUAUUUUAUUGUGAAAAGUUUAAACUUUUUUAUGAAAAAUAUCUUCAAGUGAAAUGUGAAUUUAAAGCCGAAGAAAAGUUUGACCUCCUAGAUUUUCCUCUUUUUAUAGAUUCCCAUUUGUGGUCUUUUUUUUGUUUAAUGUUAUUUGUCACAGCUUAUUUAUUUUCAGGUGUGUUUUACUUCCUGAACCGUGACUCUUACUCAUCAGUAUGAAGUGAAUCUUCAAGAAUUCUAUCACAGAAGCGCCGCGUUUCUUUUUACUCGCUUCCUGUGAAUUAAAAGUAAUAGUUGCUUAUUUUCUCUCUGGUUUGUCGUCAACAUGGUAACUGAACGUCCUGCUAGUUUUAUUUUGUAUUGAUCAGCAGAAGUUGAAAUGAAUCUGUUUUUAAAGUGUUAAAGUGGAGAAAUGUUGAAGAUUAAAUCAUUUUGCUUCUGAACUUAA